GAUGCAUAACAUUUCGAGAAACUAAGUCUGUUGAUAGCAAGUCGAGCUGGAACUUGAGUCUCAUGGCAAGCGUCAUGCUUUCCAACGACGACCCCGCACUGAGUAUUGUCCAUGGAGGGCCAGGGGCUCGGAGGGGCAGUCUUAUCGCCACGUGAUUGUCUCUUAUCUGGUCUAGUCCACGGUGAUACGGUACCGGUACUGAGAAUAUUUUUCCAUUCGCACAAACCUAGCAUUCCAUCGUCAUACAUCAUCCACCAUGCCACUCAUAAUACUAACCGGCUAUCCUACCUCCGGUAAAACCUACCGGGCUACCCAACUUCGCGAAUACUUUCACGCAAAAAUAUCUUCGCUUCCUCCCAGCAGCCCCUCUGCCUCCCUCCGUGUCCACCUCAUCUCUGACCACACCCUUGCCAUUUCACGCGAAGUGUAUAAUCUUGAAUCCAAAUCCGCUAAUGAGCGAUCGAACAAUGCCAGCGAGAAAGAUGCACGAGCUACAAUAUAUGGUGCGGUGAAGAGAGUGUUAAGUAAUAAAGAUGUAGUAAUAUUGGAUGGAGGGAAUUAUAUCAAAGGGUGGAGAUACCAACUAUUCUGCGAAGCGAAAGCUAUGAGGACUGGGUGUUGUGUUUUGCAUGUUGGAGUCCCUGCUGAUAAAGCCAAAGAGGUUAAUGAGGUACGGUUGGAACGAAGGGAUCUGACAUCUUCGGAACAGUCUGUGGGGGAAGUGCAGAUCAAGGAAGAGGAUAAAGCAUAUGAAAAGGAUAAUUGGGACAAUUUGGUAUUCAGAUACGAGGAACCAAAUGCGAUGGUACGCUGGGACUCUCCGCUAUUCACAGUCGUAUGGGAAGAUGAAAACGUACCAGGAGAUGCCAUUUGGGAUGCCAUAAUUGGAGAUGAUUCCGAGGGAAAGAGGAAGAUUGUCAGGCCAAAUGCAGCGACUGUAGCAAAGGUUCAUAGUAGUGAGGGCUUCCUAUAUGAAUUAGAUAAGACAACCCAAACGGUUCUCAAUCGGGUACUGGAAUGGAGUAAAGACCACCCAGGCGAAGGAGGAGGAGAAAUCAGUGUUGGCGAAAAUUCGAAAGGGGACGAACUUGUGGUGGAGUUACCUGGAGAUCCAGUGGGACUGCCGACUUUGCAGCGGCUGAGAAGACAGUUUAUAAGUUUGCAGAGGACGAAUCCGGUGACAGUGGAGAGGAUUAAGGAGACCUUUGUGAGAUAUCUGAAUGAUAGUUUUGAAGCUUAGACAUUGGGCAUUGCUUUGGCGUUUGGCAGGCUGGAAACGGAUACCCUAGAGAUCACUUAAUUCGCAAAAGUUGUCAUGUAUGCGAACAUAUCUUCGAACAAUUGUCAAAUCAAUUUUCAGCUAAUACUUUUCAAAGAGUUUGCACA